AUGUCCAAGCAAAUCAUCGGUAACGACAAAUACCCACUCAAGCCUCACAACUCUCCCGCCGUGACAGUUCCCGGAUUAGUCUUCGCUUCUGGUCAAGUCGGUCAAGGUGACAUUGAGACUGCUACUAAACAAUCCCUUACCGCCUUGAAAGAAGUUCUCGAACUUUCCGGUUCAUCGCUCGACAAAGUUGUCAAGUUCAACAUAUACUUGAAGGAUAUGAAUGACAUGCUUCCGAUGAACGAUGUCUUUGUUGCUCUCCUUCCUGAGGGUCCUAAACCCGCUAGAACCUGUAUCCAAGCUGGUGCUCUUCCCGGUGGCCCAACCGCGCGAAUUGAAAUAGAAGCUAUCGCUCAGUUGUGA